AUGUCCCACCAAAACUACAGCGAUCGCGAUCGCGACCACGGCAACUACUCCCCUUCGACCCUCCGAGCUCUCCUACCACAGCGGCUACGACCAAGGCAUCCCCGCCCGCAGCGGCGUCUACCACGUCAUCGGCGACGCCGCCCCGGCCCGCACGAUGCCGAACGCCCCAACACCCUGCGCCGACGGUUCCCCGUCCCCGCGUGGCUGCUCGAGAUCGGCUCCAUCCUGCUGAGCAUCGGCGCCCUCCUCGCCGCCAUCGUCGUCAUGGCCGUGCAGAACGGCAAGCCCGUGGUCGACUGGACCUUCCCCGCCUCCAUCAACACCGUCGUGUCCACCCUCGGCGUCAUCUCCAAGGUCAGCUUGGCCUUCACCAUCAGCGCCUGCCUCGGCCAGCAAAAGUGGAACUGGUUCCGGCAGCACCAGGGCAACGUGAGCCUGUUUGAGGUGUUUGACUCGGCGAGUCGUGGGCCAAACUGGGCCAUCCUCGGCGCCAUCGUCACCGUCCUCACCGUCACCUUUGACCCCUUCCUCCAAGCCACCGUCAACCUCAGCGGCCAACUCGCCCUCAGCCGCUUCACCUUCAACUCCACCAUCUCCGACAUCUUCACCCUGCAGCAGGACUUUGGCCUCACCGCCGCCAUCUUUGACGGCUUCGCCCUCGGCGGCGUGAGCAACCCCCUCGUCGCCCAGAACCCCCUCGGCAGCUUCGCCUGCCCCACCGGCAACUGCACCUGGCCCAUCUUCACCACCGCUGCCGUGUGCAGCACGUGCCGCGACGUUAGCAGCUCCGUCGUCCGCCGCCCCCGUACAAAGUGUAGCUCCAAGGACAGCACCAACCAGGCCAUGGGCAACAACGCCAUCCUCAUCGCCGACUGCACCGAGUACCACGCCCCUUACGGCAACAUCAAGCAGUACAACGGCCUUGCCAGUCGGCCCGACGGGCGCGGUCCCGUCCCGACCACGCAGGGCGCCACCUCGGGCUUCGUCGUCCUGACGGCCAACAACUUUGUCCAGAUGGACGAGUUCUGGGAGGACGCCACCAUUGAAGCAACAGAGUGCGGUCUGUACAUGUGCGCGGCCGCCAUCAACGCCACCGCUAGCAACGGCGAGCUUACCGAGACACGCGUGCGGGAGUGGAGCAACAGGGUCCCCAAGACAUGGGGCAGCCUCGCCACCGAUGAGGACUCGCGCCAUUUCGCCGACGUCGUCGCCAUCCCCGCCACCGAGGCCACCAGCUUGGGCGCCGGGUCCAGCCAGCUCAUCUUCAACUUUACCCAGGCCAGCAUCCUCGGCAUGCAGCGGAGGAUCCAGGAGCUCACCCUCGGCCUCGCGCCCACCAAUGAGACUUUACUCGUCUUCCCUACCAACGCCCGCAAUAGCGCCAUCUCCGCCCUCGCCCCGCUGCUUGGCGUCUCCUCCAACUUUACGCGCACCUUUGAGCUCGUCGCUCAGCGCCUCUCCGUCUACAACCGCGACGCUGGCGGCGCUACCCAGCAAGGCACCGUCCAGGAGUUCAUCUUCCUCGUCAAUAUUGACUGGCCUUUCCUCCUCGCGCCCAUCAUUGCCGUCCUCGCCGGUCUCCUCUACUUCAUCGUCAUCAUGUUCCAGACCUGGCGCCUCGGUCUCCCCGUGUGGAAGGAGAGCGCGUACCCGACCCUCACCUAUGGCUUCGACGAGCGCACGCAGUCGCUCUUUAGGGGUGCCGACGUGCACGAGUCGUCCAAGGACCUUAAGAAGACCACGCAGAUCAACUUUACCGAGGGCCAAGAUGGUCUGAGGCUGAACGUGGCUGCUCAAAGAUAG